AUGAAAUUAAACUAAAAAUUAUUAGAUAGACUAGAAGAGUCUUUGGCACAAAGUUUUGUUCAAAAAUAUUACGAAGAGAAAAAUAGGAAAGUUGCUCCAGAAGAAUUCAUCAGUGAUGAAUAUAAGGGAAAUUUUAGAGUAAGACAGGUUGGAGAUAAGCAAGAAAACAUGAAGAAAAGUAAACUUGAUGCAAUGUCAACAGCUACAUCCAAUUUCUAUAAAGAGGCAGGAACACCGAAUUCAUCUAAGCCUCCUUCCUCUAUUAAUUUUUCUAAAUUAUUAGAUUAAAGUAAAGUUUCCUAACUAAAGCAAUCCAUUAUAACAAACAGAAUUACAUCUGCUUAACCUACAAGACCUUUAAUGAUUAAAAAACUCUAAAAGAAUACAGAACAAUUAUCAAUAGAAACCAAAGAACAAAAACCCCCAAUAUUUGCAUUAAAAAGGUUGUCAUCUACAAAAUAGCAACAAUAGGAUGAAGAAAAGUCUAUCCUACAGAAUUAAGAAUAAAGUCUCAAUAAUUCAUUAGUAGCGAAGCCUUCGAUACUAAGAAGAACCUCGUUACAUGGAAAAAAAAUUGAAAUCAAAAAAGAAGAAGUCGAAACAAAGAAAUUAUCUCUUAUUAAAAAUUAAGAAUCUCCUGUGUCUGAACCUGUAUUUCAAUUCUAAAUUGCCAAAAGAAAAAUCGAUGAUAUGAUAUACGAUACUAUGGAUAUAGAUACCUUACAAGAAAUUACAAAACAAAAUGAAGUACAUAUUAAACCAAUUAAAUUCUAGAGUUAGUUUGAUUAAAUUACAUCCAUUCAAUUUAGAUUCAAUACUAUGAAUGAUUCAUUAUAUAUGUUAGGAGAAUACUUAUCAAAUUUACAAGAACUUAAACUGAAUAAUUCAUAGGUAGAAUCAUUGAGAUUGCUAGGAACUAAAUUGAGAAAUUUGCAAAUUUUAUGGAUUAGCAAUUCAAAAUUAACUGAUAUUUCUGGUACAACUAUUAUAUUUAAUCGCGCUUUUAGGAAUAAUGAGUAUGCCAAAUCUAUUGGAAUUAUAUUGUUCUUUUAAUAAUAUCAAGGAUAUAAGUCCUUUGGCCUUUCAUGAAAAGAUAUCCAUUUUGGACAUUGAAGGCAAUGAAUUGGCUGAUGAAUCCUAAAUUGAUUAUUUAGAAUCCUUAAAUUUGCAAUAAUUGAUAAUUAGUUCAAAUCCAUUAAUCAAAGAUGAUUAAUUGAGGGGUAAACUAUAUGAAAAAUUACCCGCUACUGAAAUCUAUAUUGAUGACAAUGAUAUACCAACAGAAUCUUAGAUAAUUUCAGAGACAAGUCAAAUUAAAUAACUUUACGAUAUAGCAGAAAUGAUGGACUCUAAAUUUGAUGUAUUUUAAUUUAUCAAUUUUAGCUCAUUAAAGUAGAGGAGUUGAAGGAUUUAGAAGAAAAGGUUAAAUAUUAAUUAGACAAAGAUCUCCUUGAAGAACCUGAUGAAAAUAGAUUAUUAAGUUUGUCUAUCAAAUAAAAGCCUUUGGAAAAGUCAAAAUUAAAGCGACCAUAAACUGCCUAGGUUUAACAGUCAUUUACUGUAAAAGAUUUCAUCCAUAACAUUAGCCUGAUCCCAUCUCAGAAUUAGUUGGAUUAGAUGAAGCUUUUGCAGGAAAUCCAUUAAAAGCAGCCAAAAAACACAAAUAAAACCGAGAAUAAAUUUUUGAUCCUACUGAUAGGAAAAGCAUUGACAUAUAAACUUUAUUAAAUAAGUUCAAAUGA